AUGGCAAGCAAGUAUGCAAGUAGUCAGCCCGAGGGAUUCACCAACAGAAUUGAAAAAGUGGCCAUUGUUGGGGCAGGUGGUUCAAUAGGAAAGCACCUUACAGAGGCAUUAAUCAAGACCGGCAAGCACACGAUUACCGCCAUCGCACGUCCAAAGAGCACGAGCAAACUUCCAGAAGGCCUUAACAUCGUCCAUGUCGAUUACAGCGGCGACGACGAUGCCGCGCUAGUCGAAGCACUACAGGGACAACAAGCGCUAAUAAUCACAAUGUCUGUAACUGCCUCAAGAGGAACAGUCAACAAACUCGUGUGCGCCGCAGCAAAGGCUGGUGUACCUUACAUUCUGCCUAACUGGUUCGGCCACGACGACGCCAACAACUCGCUAUGUGACGAUAGCAUGCUCAGCGCCAACCGCGACAGCAUCCUUGCCGAGUUCAGUGCCCUGAAGUCAAUCUCCUAUAUCUUCUUGGUGUGCAAUUUCUGGUACGAAUUUAGUCUGGGCGGGGGACCUGAUCGAUUCGGCUUCGAUUUUAAAAAUCGCUCCUUCAUACAAUUCGAUGAACACGACGUGGUCUUUAAUACAACUACAUGGCCCCAGUGUGGUCGAGCUAUCGCUAGUCUUCUCAGUCUGAAGGAGUUUCCUGAUGAUGAAAGUGAUAAGUCGCCUACACUCUCGCAGUUUGCUAAUAGUUCCGUUUACAUUUCGAGUUUCCGGGUGAGCCAGCGUGAUAUGUGGGAAAGCGUUAAGCGUGUUACUGAUACUACCGAUUCUGACUGGACCAUUACGCAUGAAUCUGUAAUACAGCGCUGGAAGGAGAGUCGUGCUGCCGUGGAAAAGGGUGAUUUUGCUGUGUUUCCCAGGAUGUUAUACAGUCGCAUGUUCUUUCCUACUGCCGAUGGUGAUUAUCAAUCGCGUCUUGAGUUGCAUAAUGACUUGCUUGGUCUGCCGAUUGAGGAUUUGGAUGAGUUUACAGCUAUUGCGAUGAAAAUGGGAAUGAAUUAUGAGGUUGUGAAAGGGCAUUAG